UCUGACUGCUUCACAUCAUCUUUAUCCGGCAUGUCUGCAUGCUUUCACCCGGAUCUCCACUUUUAGUUUCUGGUUAAUGCCAGGAAUUCUGGGGUUAAUUCUCAAAAUCAGGGGGGGAAAAUGUUGAACAACGUCUUGCUGCUGAGCGUUUUGACAGUCACCGGCUUCUCCUCGCGGACGGAGAGCCGCAAAACUUCGAAGGACAUUUGUAAGAGCCGCUGUCCAUGUGAGGAGAAGGAGAACGCGUUAAACAUCAACUGCGAGAACAAAGGAUUUACGAGUGUGAGUUCGUUUCAUCCGCCGCAGAAUAAAAUCAGCCAGCUUUUCCUCAACGGGAACUUUCUCACGAGACUCAACCCCAACGAGUUCGUCAAUUACGGUAAUGUCACAUCUCUCCAUUUGGGCAAUAACGGGCUGCAGGAGAUUAAAACCGGGGCGUUCAGUGGCCUCAAAAACCUCAAACGCCUCCAUUUGAACAAUAACAAUCUGGAGAUUAUCAAAGAAGACACCUUUUUUGGCUUAGAAAGUUUAGAGUAUUUGCAGGCUGACUACAAUUACAUAAGUGCCAUCGAGGCAGGUGCAUUCAAUAAGCUGAACAAGCUCAAAGUUCUCAUACUCAACGAUAACCUUUUGCUCUCUCUGCCGAACAAUAUAUUCCGCUUCGUGAUGCUGACGCAUUUGGAUUUGAGAGGAAACCGGCUGAAGACGUUACCGUUUGCUGGUGUCUUGGAGCACAUAGGUGGCAUUAUGGAGAUACAGCUCGAGGAGAACCCCUGGAACUGUACGUGUGACCUUGUGCCACUCAAGGCCUGGUUGGAUACCAUUGCCGUGUUUGUAGGCGAUGUGGUAUGUGAGACACCAUUUCGUUUGCAUGGCAAAGAUGUUACACAGCUCAUAAAGCAGGACCUUUGCCCUAGGCGUACUGCGGGUGACUCCACUCCGCGUGCCAUGCAGCCACCACCUCCUGAUCCCCAGCAUCGCAUCCCAGUACCUACAUCACGCACACAUUUUGGGCCAACUAGGGCACCUAAGGCAUCCCGCCCUCCCAGGAUGAGGAGCCGCCCUACUCCACGUGUUACUUCUGGUAGGGACAAGCAUGUAUUUGGCCCAAUUAUGGUUUAUCAGACAAGGUCUCCUGUACCUAUGACAUGUCCGAGUGUCUGUGUGUGCACAUCCCAAAGCCCGGACAGUGGACUGAACGUUAACUGCCAAGAGAGGAAGCUUCACAACAUCUCUGAUUUGCAACCCAAACCGUCAUAUCCAAAGAAGCUCCAUUUAACUGGAAACCAUUUGCAGAUCAUAUACAGGGCUGAUCUGACAGAAUAUAGUACCCUGGAACUUCUCCACCUGGGGAACAACAGAAUCGCUAUUAUUCAAGAUGGGGCCUUUGAGAAUCUGACCAAUUUGCGCAGGCUUUACCUCAAUGGCAACUAUAUUGAAAGUUUAUCGCAAGCCUUGUUCUCUGGGCUACAGAGCUUGCAGUACCUCUAUCUGGAGUACAACAUUAUCAAGGACAUUUUGCCAAACACGUUCAACUCAUUGCACAACCUGCAGCUUCUCUUCCUUAACAACAACCUGCUGAGGUCCCUCCCUGACAAUGUGUUUGGGGGCACGAUGCUAACAAGGCUCAAUCUCAGGAACAAUCACUUCUCACAUCUGCCAGUGAGCGGGGUGCUUGACCAGCUCUCGGCAUUUGUCCAGAUUGAUCUCCAGGAGAAUCCAUGGGAGUGCACAUGUGGUAUUGUGCCACUCAAGAACUGGAUGGAGCUCUCCAGCACCAGCGUAGUCGUCAAUGAGAUCACAUGUGACUCUCCCUCGAAGCAUGCAGGUCGCCUCCUGCGGUCACUACGCAAUGAUGCGAUCUGCUCCGAGAAUGACGAGACUCCAGCACCAGCCACCAAGGCACCAACCAUUAUCAGCAUAAGCACUGAAGUCACUCCUUCCUCUAUCAUGACCACGACAGAAGAAACACAGCCUGAAACACACCCGGAAGUACCGUUGUCUGUACUCAUUUUGGGCCUGCUUGUUGUGUUCAUUCUCUCGGUGUGUUUUGGGGCUGGGAUCUUUGUCUUUGUGCUCAAGCGGCGCAAGGCAGUGGAGAGUGUCCCAACUACUGCAGCUGCCAACAGCCUAGACCUGAGCUCUUUCCAAGCGCAUUAUGGCCAUUAUGACACAGAGCAAAGCACAGGUAAAAGAGAGGGCCAUGUCUACAAUUACAUCCCUGCUGCUGUUGGCCAGAUGUGUCCAAACCCCAUUUAUGUGCAGAAGGAAAAUGAGCAUGUAGCCUACUAUCGCAACUUGAAAGACCUGAGUUUUGGAGCAUCCGAGCCCAAAAGGGAAGAGUUUGGCCGUAGUCCCACCUACACAAUAAGCACUUUGGAACGUGUGGAUGAGAAUCCCCAGCAUGGCAGCUGUGAACCUGAACUGCUCUACCAGAAUGUAGCAGAGAGGGUAAGAGAGCUGCCCAUCACUGCUCCCUUUGGCUACAGCUUUUGCACUCUGCCCAAAAGGCCAUUAGCACCACCAUACGAGGCUGCAGGGCGGCCCAACCGGGAACGCCUGAACAAAACUGUCUUGUAUGGAACGCCAAGAAAGCAAGCUGAACAGCUGCUCCCUGCGAAGCUGAAAACAGAACCGGACUACCUUGAGGUUCUGGAGAAACACACUGCAAUGAGUCAGCUGUAAAAGCUAUCCCACACACUCUUUUAUGAUCUCUUUAUCAUAAAAAAAAAGAAAUAUAAUAAUAAUAAUAUCAAAAUGUGUCAUCUACAUUUUCAACCAUACAAGACUCCAACAGCGGACAAUGCAACCUAAAGCCUUUUCAUCUUCAUCUUUCCGAA